AUGGGCCUCUUCGGCGACUUGCCUCCGCCGUCGAACGCUCCCAAGCCACCGACUCGCGCCAACCCUCCGUCGUCAACGUCAACUCCGUCUAGCAAACCGUCAACUCCUGCUGAACGGCCGGCGGCGGUUGGACCAAAGCCCUCUGCACUCAAGUCGUCACUCAAAGGGAGGGCGGACGCAUGGGGGGAAGAGGGGACGGGGAAUGCCAGCGCGGGGGACGCGGGUGGGGGAUCGGUUGAAGGCGGAAAGACUAGGAAGCGCGUGGGGAUGGCUGUGGCGGACGAGGCAGAUGGCGACGCCCCCUCGCACCGGCGGGUGCGCUUCAACACGUUUGCUGAGGUGGCAGAGGACAAGGUGACGUCAGCAAUUGCCAAGAUCUCCGCCCACAUCGGCACGCCGACCAAGUUCAAGAAGGCGGCCAGCCUCGCUCGGCAGCUUCUGGAGGGCGGCGCACUGAACCGUGCCGCAACCAGUGGCAUGAACAGUACUGAUAACAGUGCGGUGGAGAGCGGUCAUUCGGGGUUGUUCUUUGGAGUAUUGGAAGCAGCAAUGGGGCUGCUGCGGAGGGAAGGCGGAGGGGGGGCGGGAGGCAUGGUGGUGGGGGCUGCGGGGGACGUUGAGAGCGAGUAUGCUGCUCUGAUUGGCGCUGCUGUGGAGAGAAAGGAGCUGUUUUCGGCGUGGCAGCAGCAGCAGGUGGACGUGUGGGGGCUGCGCACCGAUGACAGCUUCCAGUUCUCCAAGGCCGUGUCUCGAGUGCAGCAGGAUGUGGAGCGAUUGCCAGAGGCAGCAGAGGAGGAUGAGAGGCAGGAGGCAGGGCUGUUUGCAGGGGUGUCGAUGCAGGUGCAGAGCCAGGAGGGUGGUGUGGAGGGGGAGGGGGAGGGAGAGAAGGGGCAGGAAAAAGGGGAAGAGAGUGUGGAACGGAAGAGAAGCAAAGAUCAAGAGAGCAGGGGUGGGGACGAAAUGGGAGAGGAAGAGAGGCGGGAGGACAAGAAGGAAAAAGAAAACGAUGAUACAAAUGCUGCAGAAGGUGCGGCAGAUUCUGCUGCAGACCACUUCGGAUUAGAUGCUAUGUUGGGUCUCAGUGGGGACAAGGGAGGUGGGAAAGGAGCCACACAGAUGUACCGCCACAAGUGGGCCCAGACGGCCAUUGACAUGCUGGCGCAGCACGCCUACGACCAUAGGCGGCGAUUCACCGGGCGGCAGCGGGCGGCAAUCGAGGCGCUGUGGACGAGUGUAAGGCAUCAGCAGCACGAGCGGAAGCACGGGGCGGGACGGGGCGGCACCGGCCGGCUGGAUGUGACUGCGUUUGAGCGCCUGCAACGGCAUUAUGAGGGCAAGGCGAUUAGCAUUAGGAAAGGGGUGGGGGGUGGUGGGGGCCGGAGCACAAUUACCUGGUUGGGGUGA